CGAGGGCGGGGCUGUGGGAAUAAAACCGCGACGGCUCAGGCUGGGUGCUGCUCACAGUCGCCAGAAUACUCUCCCUUGUGUGUCUCCGACCUCUGAGCACAUCAUGGCCGGGCACCUACGCACCCCGCUGCUCCUGCUGGCCGCCCUGGCCCUGACCCUGGCCGUGAGUCCCGGAACAAGCAGGAGAAAUGCCAAGUCUUUGUUGUUGGGCGGUGUGUUUGACGCCGAUGUCAACGAGGAUGACGUGCAGCAGGCGCUCAACUUCGCCCUCAGCGAGUACAACAAGGCGAGCAAUGACGCGUACCACAGCCGCGCAAUACGAGUGGUGCGCGCCCGCAAGCAGGUGCGUCCCCCCCGGGUUGUGUCACAGCCAGGCUAUGGGGGCGGGGCGGCCUUGAUCUAGGGGUGUAGCUGCCUG